AGAAGUGAUCUUUUCGGAGUCUUCGCUUGUUUUCAUGAGCUUUGUCUGAGCAGGGUUUUGUAAAGAUGACGGAGCCUAAAGCAGAUAAUAUCAGCUCAAUCCCCAUCGACGAGUUCAGCAAUUUAAGAAUUACCUCGAUAUGGACGUUUCUCAUGUCUGUGCAGUGGUCGGAGCCUUGGAUAAUCGGGCUGUUAGUGUUUCACGUUGUGUGUUUGUUUGUGACUGUGGUGACGUGCAGGUAUUACAGAGCGCAGAUAUGUCACUUCCUGCUCAUGGUUGGCUUGGUGUACAGUGCUGAAUAUCUAAAUGAGCUGGCAGCCAUGAACUGGAAGUCUUUUUCUAAUUUCCAGUACUUUGACUCUAAGGGCAUGUUCAUAUCUUUGGUCUACUCCAUUCCUCUUCUGCUGAAUACAGUCAUCAUUGUGAUGGUGUGGGUGUACAGGACCUUUUCCACUAUGACAGAACUGAAGACACUUCAGCUCAAGCGAAAGAUCCGUAGAGAGAAAAGAGAGAAGAACGACUGAUCCCUCUCUUUAUGUCCAAAAAUGGGUUUCAUUGGGAGGAAUUGGGAAUGAGCAUCUCUGCUCUGCUAAUCCUGAUUUUUGGACGAAGAAGAGAAAAUUCCCUCUUGUGACUGUAAAAAGGAUUGUUUAUUGAUGUCAGUCAGGACUGGGUGUCUGCUUCUGGUGACGCCUCUUUGAAAGAGGCCACUAAAUCUGUUUUGUAUUUAAUGUUGUUUAAAAACUGUGUUUAACUGAAUAAUGAAAUAUAAAGCGUUUUUGAAUAACUUUUAUGCAAUUAUUGAUUUUAAAGCUCUGGAAAUGUUGCAGCGCUGGAAUUGAGACUGCAAAAUUGGAUUUGCAUUUUAUGGAUCAUGGAGAGGGAAAGAAAUUACUUUCAAAUACCCUCUGAUGUUAUCGGGCUUUUUUUAAAGUGGGGUUGUCCCUUGCAAAGCCAUCUACUGUAGGUAAUACAAUACAUUAUCAAAAACCCUUCAAAACAUCUGAAAAUAACUGAUCAUUAUCAACCCUAAGAGACUAAAAUUGGAGAGGACAUAUUAAUAAAACACAUGUUGAUCUUGGGUACUUCCUCACACAAGAAAGCCAUGUUGCAUUUACUUUAUCCAACAAACCCUCAACAGGCUACUGUGGGCCGGACUCCCAUCAGAAUAAAUGAGUGUUACGCUG